CUUGGCAGAAUGCUUUGUCUCUCUUGGCGCCCCUACCUCCUCGUUCUCUUAUUCCUCUGUCUUGCCGGCCACCUCAACACCUUUGACGUUAUUGUUGGUAACAAUGAGCUGGUCUAUAAUGGCUUUCCACCCGACAUGAAUCUUGGUGGCCAAGCUUUGUGGAGAGGUAACUUCUUGAGUCUAACCGGUGCCCUAGGUGGUACAAGCGGCCAUGUUUUCUGCAGCUAUCCUCUAAGCUUCCAAAAUCAUCCUGGUAGCCCUAUCUCCUCUUUCUCAACUACGUUUGUGUUUGUCAUGGACUUCAAUAAUCACCAUAAAGGCAAUGGGCUGACCUUCAUGCUUUCAUCCACCAGUGACCUACCUGAUAAUUUGCCAGGCCAGUACCUUGGCCUCCCCUAUUCUAACUCAGAUGUCCAUGUUUUCUUCGCUGUCGAGUUCGACACCGUCUUAAAUCCUGAGUUCGGGGACAUCGAUAACAACCAUGUUGGGGUUGAUUUCAACAGCUUGGUCUCAGUUGAAUCCCAAACUGCUGGCUUCUAUGACUACAUCGGCGAGUUCCAAACCAUUGUACUCGAAAGCGAAAAAACAGUUCAAUCAUGGGUGGACUAUGAUAGCAAAUCACACCAGCUGAAUGUUACCUUAGCACCUUGUUAUAUCUCUAAACCCCAAAUUCCAUUGCUGUCGACCACUGUCAAUCUGUCCUCUUUGUUGUCACUGGGUCCAGUUUAUGCUGGGUUCUCUGCAUCCAGCGGCAAAGGCUCCUCUGGCCAUUAUGUUCUAGGCUGGAGUCUGAAGCUAGAUGGGGUGGCUCAACCACUUGACUACACUGUACUGUCCAUUCGAGAGUUCGAAUCCCAUGGCCCCAACUAUUUGAUUAGAGGAGCACCAUCGAUUGUACUGGCAGUCUUCCUAAUAGUUCUUGCUGUUCUGAUAUGUCGGCAUCUAAGAAAGGCAAAGGAAGACGAUGAUUGGGAGAUCAAAUGUGGGAUGCCGUCUUUCACAUACAAGGAUCUAGUGACUGCCACCGAAGGCUUCAGCAAUAAGAUGCUCCUUGGGAAAGGAGGCUUUGGAAGGGUGUACAAAGGGGUGCUGCCUACCACCACACAGCAUGUGGCCAUCAAGCGGGUGUCGCCGGAAUCAAAGCAGGGGAAGAAGGAGUUCAUGGCAGAGAUCGCCAUCCUUGGACAUGUCCGGCACCGAAACCUGGUCCAACUGCUAGGCUAUUGCCGGUACAAGCAGGAGCUGCUCUUGGUCUAUGACUACAUGCCCAAUGGCAGCCUUGAUAAGUACUUGUAUGACAAGAAUACGCCGACCCUGGAUUGGGCUCGGAGGCUUCAUAUCAUCAAAGGCGUAGCUUCCGGCAUCUUCUACCUGCACGAGGAUUGGGAGCAAGUCAUCAUCCAUCGAGACAUCAAGGCGAGCAACGUUCUCCUCGACGACGACAUGAAUGGGAGGCUUGGUGACUUUGGCCUCGCAAGGCUGCAUGACCAUGGAGUCGAUGCCCACACCACACAUGUGGCGGGCACCUGGGGAUACAUUGCCCCUGAGCUGGCCCGGCUCGGCAAGGCGACCAAGGCGACCGAUGUAUUUGCAUUUGGAGUGUUUAUCAUAGAGGUGGUCUGCGGGAGAAAACCAAUUGGCCCGGCCAGCACCAGCGGCGACCUUCUUGCGCUGGCGGAUUGGGUACGUGGCACGUGGCAGGGUGGCUCGAUCAUCGACGCCGUGGAUUCCGAGCUGAAAGAUUACGACACGACGGAGGUUGAGCUUGUGCUGAAGCUUGGAUUGCUGUGCUCCCAUUCGCUGUCCAGGUUGCGCCCAUGUAUGCGUCUAGUCAUGCUGUACUUGGAAGGAGGUGCAAGACUGGUAGAUUUUCAGCCGGCUUCUCUGGUCGCCGGUGGACGCGAGGAUGAAAAGGUUGAUGAGGCGGUAUGUGCAUCUUCAGCCACAACGGUGACCAUUAUUUCUGGAAGGUGACACUUGUGCUGCGGUCUUCACAUCAUCAUACAAGCUUAUCACCAAUGUUUAUUUUGGAUCUCUGCAAGUCAUCGUGUUUCAGUCUAUGAUGUGUGCACAAGUUUGCGAGAUUUAACAUUUUUGUGGGUGGCAAGGCCAGAAUUACAUUGUACUCCCUCCGUUCUUAAAUAUAAGUCUUUUUAGAGGUUUCAUUAAAGGACUACAUACGGAUGUAUAUAGAUAUAUUUUUGAACGUAGAUUCAUUCAAUCUGCUUCGUAUGUAGUCGUCUUGUGGAAUCUCUAAAAGGACUUAUAUUUAGGAACAGAAGGAGUAGUUUGUGUUUUUGCGUUGAACCUGUUCCAUGUAAUCAUUGCUAAAAAACUUAAUGGGUAUGAUAUGUUAAUUAAUUUAUAUUUGUCACUAGGCAUCGUUACAUCACAAGGAAUCCGAUGAACUUGUGUCACGAUAUUGCUUAACCAAGGGCUGAAAAACUCUAGUUGCAAUUUGCAACAAUUAGACAGAAUUUUGUGGGCACAAAUCAGAAACAAACUAGACACUAAUACUCUGAUAUUGUUAGACCCGUAGUUUCUUUUUCCACCAGAUUAGAUUCAUAAUAUUAGUUAGAAGUGGCAGAAAACUGAAUUAAUCGGAAUUACUGGAUAGCUUUUUCGUCGAAGGCAACAAGGCAUCACAAAAACUUAUCUAUCAAAUUAGCUCCUAAAUACACAGUUUUCCACCAAGAGAUGGCACUAUCGUCGGUCUUCGACGACUCGAUCUAACUCAUUAAUAUCAGUAUUUUGUCACUGGCUACCAGAUGGAGUUCUUUUCCAUGGCCAUCGCCAUCCAGAGGGAAAUUCCUAUCAUAUGUAUGUGUGAUCCCCGUCUCCCCGAUGAAAGUUGCCAGGUAUGCGUCCUUUUUUUUUCCUUUUUUUUUCCAGGGUAGCCAGACUUGCAGACUUCCAGCCGGCUUCUCUAGUCACUAAUGGACAUAAGGAUGAAGAGAUUGAUCACGUGUUAUCUACAUCUUCAGCUACGAUUGUGACCAUUCUUUCUGGAAGGGUGAUAUUUCUGUUGUGGUGCUCACAUCAUCAUACAAGCUUAUCACCAAUCUUUAUUUUGGACCUGUGCUAAAGAAUUUAGUUAGAUCCAUAUUUUUUGGGUUAGCUAGACCCUAAUACUGAUAUUGUUAGAUCAAUAAAAAGUUCAGAUUGGAUUCA